AUGGUUUCUUGUGGCGGGAGGGGCAUCCUAGGGAGGUGCAGCAGGAGAUGGGGCCUGCCUGCCAGACACCUUUGGGGAGACUGCCCCUUCAAGCAUGAGCCAUACCAUCCCGGCUCUCCCACUCCCAGUGUGCACUUAGCUCGGCCUGCCCAGCGUAGGGUCCUGGAGACCUUCUUGGAGCUCAUCCAGCAGCCGUCAUGCAAGGUGGUGCUGGCGACUGCCCUGUUACUUGGAGGUGGAGGCCUCCUGCUGUGGAUUCAGAGGAAGAGGAGAAGGAAGACGCUCCCUGAGUCUGCACAAGGUGAACACGAGUCAUCAGAAUGCCACGGAACAAAGAAUGAGGACUGGAUCAAAUCUUACUUCAGCUGCCUUUCUGAGGAGAAACUGGCCGCCUGCAGCAACAUCAGCGCUGCUGGCAGCAGUGCUAUCGUUGCCCCAACUGAGAGUGGCAGAGGGCAGGCUGGCAGCACAGUUCACGGGGAGACCUUCGCCAUGAAGCAAGAAGGAGGCACAGCUUUUCGCCGGGAGCCCUUCACUAGCAAGCAGAGGAUGUCUGGGUCCUCAGGGCCCAAAGAGACCCACAAGGAGUCUGGAAGAGCCUCAUCCACAGAUGAGGCCACGUGGGCCGCUGUGGCUGCCUGUGCCAAGGAGAUUGACACUAAGGGACAGCAUCUGGCUAACUCCAUGUUGCAGUAUGCCACAGCUUACCAGAACUCAGGCCACCUGGAGUCCAAGGACAUCAACCAGGAGGAGCUGAAGGUCCUGGAGGAGGUGGAGAUGAAGCUGAAAGGGAAUUUCCUCAGCCAGCGGGAAACCACUAUAGCUGGUGUGCACUACACACACAACUUCCCUGGCCACGGGCACCAAAGCCAUCAGGGUUAUCCAAGCCACCCAAGCCAUCAGAGCCACAGCCUUCCCAGCCACAGCCAUCAGCCCUACCACCCCUUUGAAGCCAAGUAACUACAUACGAGAUGCCCCUUCCCCCAGCAGGACUGGCACACAAUUGUAGGCUUGUUUUCUCUCUUUGGGGCAACCUAUGAGGCCCAGGGUGAGCUGCCCAAAUCCCUUCUUCCUCAGGCCCCACAGGGGUCCUGGGCCCUUCUGACUCUCUGAGUGGAGUCUGCCACAGGAGAUGGCCAUUGGUGGAAGGAGAGCUGGGAGAAAGCAAAGCAGCUGAAACUCACUCACAAGCUCCUACAGACCAGCCAAGAGCAGACAAGGCAGAUCCCAGGGACGGCUGAGUGCCUGCAACCGAGCCAAUAAAGCCUGGCAUACCUUCCAUCUGUGUCUGGGAGCUGUGUGGCCAGCCUCAGGCCUGGGCAGGGACGAGGGGAGAGGCCUCUUCUCUCACAGCCCCUCCAUGGGCCUUGGCCUGGGGCCUUCUCCCUGGGUUGGUGUAAGACUCCAUCAGUGGGCUUCCCUGGGUCUUGAUUUCUGGGGAUGGGUAUGUCCAGGGCUCAAUACUCACCACCCUGCUGUUGCCAGGAAAGGAAGAAAUGGCCAGGUGUUGGAAGGAAUGGGGAGAAACAGCUUUCAGAAGUGAGUAAGUAAGCAGGGCGAGACACUGGCCACCUAUCCUCUUGGUGCCAUUCUCACCCUGUUUACUGCUUCUGAGAUCGUGUGGUGUCCCCUGCUGCAGUUCUCUCUUCCUGCCCAUCUGCUGCCCGGGGCCCUCUGUGUGCCACCUGCCUUCAGAGCUGUUGUGCUAUAUACUCUCUCUGCUUGUUUAUUUACUGCUGCUGGGGUAACCACUACUGCUAGUACUACUACCUAGUAGGAUUAUUAGUACUACCAGAGCUCCCUCUUGAGUUUUUAGUACAUGCCAUGCUCUGUGUUCAGUGUUACAGCACAUCUCCAUGAGGAAGGUAUUAUAUUACCUCCAUUUUGCAGAUAAGGUACCUGAGGCUCAGAGAUGUAAUUUGCCUGAGAUGGCCUAGACACUAAGGGAUGUCGCUGGAGUCAGGGUCCAGCUUUGCCUAACUCCAAAGCCCACACCCCUCAUUCUGCCCUCUGCUGCAUUCCAGUCUGAAGCCCACUGUCCUCAGAUGGGUCUACCUCGCACAUACUUGUCCUGUCCUCUUCUCACAUGUCCUGACACUUUCUGGGCCUUCCUGUAAACCUGGGACUCUCCCUGACUACUCUUCCUGCAUCCCAAGAAAUCAUUUCUGGGGCAAGGGGUGACCCCCAGUUAGGCAGUUAAAGAGAGGCAACCAUCUCCCCCAUGAAACUUGAGAAGUCAGCUAUGCAGUGCUCUCUUACCUCCAGUGACUCCUUUACAUAGAAGUUUCUUAGCAUUUGCAUCUAUUAUGGAUUUACCAGUGGUUCCCAGCCUGCGGGCUUCAACUCCAGGGAGAAAGUGACCAGAAUCAUUGCACAGGUUGGAUAAAUCUGUAAAUCCCCUAAAGGUUGCCAAUUGAUCUUAUGAAGCAUAAUUGAGAGUAUUUACAUAUUUUUGACAUUAUUAAUAAGUGACUUUAUAGAAAUGUUGAUAUAUACAUGUGUCAAAAUACUUCCUAAUAAAAAUCUUAAUUGGAAAAAAUGGGCUCAGUCACACUGGAAAAUGUUGAAAGCUGCUAAAUUAGACAAAAAUCAAGAUGGGCAAUGUUUAGCUUCUGAAAGUGAUUGUUAAAAUGCACAAAAUGCAUGCAUGUAUAUGGAAGACCUUAAAUCUUUUAUUACAAGCUUAUUGUAUCAAAUUUCAGAUUAGCUAAUUAUGACUUUGGAAUCUAAGAAAGUUUCAAACUGGCAAAGUUCAGAUAAAGUCUUUAGUUAAUUGUACCAAUGUUAAUUCUCUGGUUCUGAUAAUUGUACUAUAGUUAGGUAAGACAUUAUUAUUGGUGGGGGAAGGGUGAGAAAUGUAUGGAAAUCUCCUGUACUCUUUUUACAACUUUUCUAUAAAUUUAAAAGUAGCUCAAAAUUAAAAGUUAAAAAAGUUUCCAGACAGUUUAGUUAUGAGUCAUGUCAGGGUACUACAGUUGUGCUGUAAGGAGAAUGGCUUCUAAGCAGCCAACUCAAAUAUAUACUCUUGAUAAGAAUAUUUUAACCCAAGAGAAUGGGUUAAAUCAUUGUUCAGCUAGAUACAAGGAAGAGUAGUUAACAGCACUGGACUCUUGUCUGAGAGUCAGCUGGAGGGUGGCUUCCCAGAUCAGUGCUAAAUUCUGCUAAAGCUCGUCAGGAAAUUGCUUAAGCGUUUUAUCAGGAAUGCCCAUUUCUUUCCCAUGGGAGGUUAUGAAUGACAUCACACAAAAAAGUUCUGCCCUAGUUCAAGUUUGGGACAAUUUUUCUGUUAUAUAACAAACUGUCAAUACAUAACAAUACAGGCAGUGUACUAAAUGUCAUGGAGGCCACACUGAGGGGGACCAAACCUGAUCUUGAUGAUUCUAGGCAAAGUAGGACAAAGGCUAUGCAAGGAGAACAAAAUGCUAUGGCGUGCAAAGGGGAGGAGAAUUGAGAAACAGUUUUGUGGACCUCACAGCAUUUGAGGAGUUGCAACUAGAGAGGAUGUUCCCAGCAGAUGGGAAGAGUAAAAGCAUAGCGGUAGAGGCAGGAAGGUGGCAGUGUAUCUGGGGGACCUUGACUGUCAGUUUGGCUGGAGGGGAACAUUUAGAGAUAGACCAAAGGUAGGAAGAAAAGCCAGAAAAGUGACUCAGAAGCUUAGAGCCCAGGAGGAUUUAAGAGACCAUACAAUCCAAUUUCUUCAUUUUAUGGCAGUGACCAGUUUGAGAAAUUUUGCCUAAUCCCACAGGUGGGGGUGGGGGAGAUUGAAGGCUUCGGAGGGAUCCCAGGAAGACUUCUCAGAGGAGGUGGCAAUGAUGAUGGAACAAGGGGCAUAACAGUAAGGGAGACUGUGAUUCCUUUUGGCCACACUAAGUCCCCAUGUUGCUUGUGCAUCCCCAACCCCCAACACACUCCUCUUCCCAUGCCACUCUGGCUCCCCAGAGCAGCCAGCAUAACCAUGGGGGCAAAAAGUAGCUUCUGAAAUGAGUUUUUUGUCAUAAAUCUGGAGGAGGACUGUGAAAUCCCUGAGGGCAACCUCCCCUUCCACACCAGCCAUCGUCUUCCACCUCAAAUUGAAGGCUGUCACCUUCCUGAUUUAAGGCUUGAGCACCUACUCUAGACUCAUUAAUAAUUACAGCUAACAGUUACUGAGUGCCAGGUUCUGUUCUAAGCACUUUACAAAUAAUAUCUCAGUUAAGCUUCAUUACCACCAUUUCAGGAGGGUACUAAUAUUAUACCCAUUUUUCACUUGAGGAAGCUGGGGUUUUAAGCCAUUUGCUCAAGAUCUCCUAGCUGAUGAGGGGCCACUCUGAGAGUUGAGCCCAGGCUCCUCUGAGUUCAGACCCUAUGCAUCUGACCCUGUAACACUGUUCCACGCUUCUCCAUCCCUCACCACUCACUCCCCUCACUCCUGGCCCAUCCAGGCCCCGGGCCUUUACCUCUCUACUUCCCUCUCUACACCAGGGAAGGCAUGUGGGCCUAGACUGGACCUCUAGCCAAGGAGAAGGAGGGGGAUCCUUGUGACAAUCAGUUCACAGAUUUCAAAGUGCUUUCAUGUACAUUUUCUUAUUUGAGCCUUUAAAACAGCCCUAUAGGAGUGUUUUACAAGUGUAAGUAGGACUGAAAUGAUUCUAUUGUCAUCCCAUAGAAAAGGAAAUGGAGACUCAGAGAUGUGCUGUGACUUGCUCAAUAGGCAGAGGUGAUUUGGGUCCAUCUGACUUCAUCACACCCCCACUUCCCUAGCCUGGAUUUUUUCCUUCUGGGGAGUCAGGCCUGGGUCAGAUGCUCCCUUAAAUGAGACAAGCGAGAGGCUUCCAGGAGUCUUCAGCCUAGAGUCCUGCUUCAGCCCUGACAGGGUGCAAGACCGGCUGUAGGCCAGGAACUGACCACCAGAAUAAAAGGGGACUUGGGAGUGGAUGACCAUGGCUGAAGGGGUGGCCACAGCAAGAACCCGCCCAGCCCCCUUCAAGGGAAGGCAGCAGCAGGGUUGGGAAGGGAGAUGUCUCUGGCAUUCACAUAGAAGAAGUAGUGAAAGCCUGAUGUCUAACUCUGAGGGUGCUGGUCGAGUCGUGGCUGGGCUGGAGCCUGCUCCCAGUUGGCAGCUCCGCAUAUGGAGAUGGCACACUGGCAAAACACAGGGGCCCUGCACAGCAAGACAAGAGGCUGCUAACCUGACAUGGAGGAGCUGACCUGAGGAGCAGGCAAUCUAACAGAAGCCAAAAGUUAUUUGCCUACAGAUGUUCCCUGCAAUGUUACCAAGGCAAAACAUGGGGAAAAACGCUAAUACCCAGUGAGCUAUUUGGCAAUCACUCAGUGGAAUCUAAUGAACAAAGGUUUGUGGUGUAAAGUUGACUCUACAUCACACUGUGUCCCCUUAAGGAUGACUCACGGGAACAAUCUCUCUUGGUUCCAGUGCCAGGAAACUGUUUCUUCAGGGCAGCUGCUUUGCUUUUAUCUUGAGUUCUGCAUAUCUGUCAGCUGACCACAUUUCCCUUUUAGCUUUGACUGUCGGGAAGCUUCAAGUCAAAUUUAUGGCCCAUCUUUCACAACUGUAUGGCAGGGGAUUUAUGUGUCAGUAUCUCUCCUAGCUUUCUUUACUUUCUCCUAAACAGUCUUCUGUUUAUCAGUAAUCUUGUAUUCUGUGCUGUAUUUGUCAGCAAAAUAAGGAAAAUAUUUUUGGAAUGGAAUAGAGAGGAGAAAGAAAAGAAGAGGAAAGAAAGUUAAGUGAAAAAUGCUGAGAAGAAAAUAGUUUCCUAACAUUCCCGUCAGAUUCAGUGGAAGAAUAUCAAUUCUACUGGUCUCUUAUGGGCAUAAAAGGGUUGACACCUUUAACUGGUAUUGUUAGAAACCUCUCAAAUGAUUGUAAAACAGGAAAAUUAAAAUAAAAUAAUGAAAUGUCACUUUUCUCCCAGAAAACUGGCAAAAUUUCUUUCUGAUAAUACCAAGUGUUGUCAUGGAUGAGCACUAUCAGACUCUUCUAUGUGCUGAUGGGGCAUGGACUGGCUAAUUAGUGAAAAUUAGCUAAUUGGCAUGUGAAAAUGCACAUACAUGUGACUCAGAGAUUAUACACCUAAGUAAACGGGAGAGAAACUCUUGGCUGUGGGCACAGAAAACUUUACAGAAAAUGUUUUAGCAUUGUUUGUAAUAGCAAAGUAAAGAAGGAAACAUUCUAAGUGUCCUCAGAGAGAGAAAAAUAAAUGAUGAUCUAACCUCACAAUAGAAUGUUACAUAGUAAUUAAAAUGAAUGAUCACAGCUACAUGUACCACAACGGGCAAAGCUCAAAGCAUAAGCUUGAACAAUAAAAGCAAACUGCAGAAGGUUAUAUAACUUUGAUUCCAUUUCUAAAAAGUUUACAAUGACAAAAACCAUAUUACACCUUGUUUAUGGGUCCACAUGUAUGUCUUAAGGAUAGAAAGACAUGGAUGGAAACAAUAAAGGCCUGAGUCAGGACAGUAAGAAGAGGAAGGAGAAGGUGAUCAGGGCAGGUUUGUCAUGGGUACAUGCAUGUAGAUUAUAUGAUGAUCUACUCUUUUGGGUAUGACUAAAACAUUUCAUUAAAAUGAAGAAUGGUGUGAACACUGCCAUUGCAACUGGGUAAAAAGUUCUGGUUGG